AUGGUGCGGAUCGCCAAGUUAAAUCCCUUCAAACACGAAACGGUUCGGGAGAGGAAGAAAAGGCUUCGACACAAGGAUCGCGACCUUCUAUCCCGCCAAACAAUUGAAUCGUUGAAAACCGGGAAUUUUCGACCACCAGCCAUCUUGCCAAAAUCGACAAAUCUCGCCAAUUUCAGGCCGUACGGCGAUGUCGAGCAGGAUGAUUCUCAGCUCGAAGGGCCUUCUGGGGAUUUCAUGGCUUCUCCUGACCUCAAUUCCGUUUGGGAUUCAAUACCGUGGGAUGUGAUCGCUCCCAGCACCGUCCCCAAACCAUUUGGAGGCCUCCGUCUUGAUCCUACAAUCACUGCUGCGAUCCGCGAACACGACCGAAACAAUUUUCAUCAUUCUCGAGUCAAUCACUGGGAUCAAUGCAUGUCAAAGUUGUUCUCAUCAUACCUGUGGCUCAAAGAAAAAACCCGGAACUGGACGGCGACUUGCUCUUUUGAUUCGUUUACCUCCAAAUUCUGCAAGUGCAACGAUGACACUCCGCGAUUCAACCAGUUUGUUGAUCUUGUCGAUAAUACAGCUGCGUGGCUUUUGCGCAAGUUCAAUCAGGCACUUGCCCGCCGCGAUACCGAGAAGGAAGUGUUGACUGAAUUACUUCAGAUGCAAAAUCCGAUCGGCAAUGGAUGUUACACCAUUUUAUUUUUCCGUUUGCAGUGGGAAGAUCAGGUGCGUGUGGGGCUCGAGCAGGAAGACAUCGAAGAAGCUUCAAAAAAGCUUUUGGCCGAGUUUUUUGAGAAUGAAGAGGUUAUAAGCUCGUUAAAGCAUCGCCUUCUACAUGAGUUUCUCGCCAUGGACUUGGACGACCCCCUCUGGACUGACGGCCACUUUUACCAUGCUCGAGCCCCAUGGGCUCUUGAUCCUCUUGUCAGAAAGGGGAUCAAGUCAGUCUUGUUCCUUGAUCGAGUAGAAGAAGAAAUUGCCCUGCUCACUCAAGAACUCGACCGAAUGAUUAGCUGGGCUACCGAUUAUUGGAACUUGGUAAUGUCAACUCUUGCCUCGAUUGAAUCCGAGUACGAAGAACCACUUGAUUUGAACAAUCGCUUUGCCGCAAUACUGCCGACUUUUCCAAUGAAGGCAAAAUUGCGCGUGCUUCAUGCAGAACUCAAGUCGCAUUUGCACAAACACGAGAAGCUAAUGGUCUCCUGGAUGCCGGACGUUGAAACACUCUGGAUUAAGACUCGCACCCGGCACACAAAGGCCAAUCACACUUGGUUUGAGUCGAUUGGUUCCAUUAAGGAUCGACUUACAAGAGAAAAUCUUGGGGGCAUUGACGAUGCCUUGGAAAACUUGACUUUUCAGGAGAACGAAGUCGAACCAGAGGGAGCUGAGGAUCGAGAAAAUGAAAUCGAAGAGGGUGAAGAAAAUGAAAUCGAAGAACGUCGCGAAGAUGUUGACAACGGGGAAAAUGGGUCAGGUCAAGAAAAUGUCGAGAACGCGGACAAUGGGCCAGAUGAAGCUGCAUAG